CCUCCUCAUUCUCUGUGUGUGUUUCUUGAGAUUACUCAGCCGGCUCCUCACUCCCCGCUCAGAAGGUAGACAGCAGGCGCCCUCACUGGAGGGUGUGUGGGGGGUAAAAGCGUGGCGAUAUUCUGCCCCGUUUUCAACAAGUAGAAGGUGCAAACGAGGGGAAAAAGAUGGAGAGGAAGCAGGGAGAGGUGGACCACCUGGAGCGCCCGAGCCCCCUGACCGACAAGGAGAGGGUGAUGAUCCAGGACUCGUGGGGGAAAGUCUACCAGAACUGUGACGAUGCCGGAGUUGCAAUACUUGUCAGGUUGUUUGUGAACUUCCCCUCAUCCAAGCAGUACUUCAGCCAGUUCAAGCAUAUCGAGGACGCAGAGGAGCUGGAGAAAAGCUCCCAGCUCAGGAAACACGCUCACAGAGUCAUGAACGCCAUCAAUACGUUGGUGGAGAGCCUGGACAACUCGGACAAGGUCUCCUCAGUGCUGAAGGCAGUGGGCAAGGCCCACGCAGUACGACACAAGGUUGACCCCGUGUACUUUAAGAUUCUGAGCGGUGUGAUUCUGGAAGUCCUGGGAGAAGCGUAUCCACAGGUGAUGACGGCAGAAGUGGCCUCAGCGUGGACCAAACUGCUGGCCAUACUUUGCUGCAGCAUCAACGCCGUCUAUGAGGAACUGGGCUGGCCGCACCUCUCCACCUCUACCGGCUGAGGCAUCUUUCAGGAGGCUUUUCAAAACUCCCUGCUACCUAUGAACUAGUCAGGAAUCGACUGACUCUAAUCUUGGAAUCCAGUUCCGUAUAAUCUAUGAUAAUCAUGGAGUCUGAAAAAUGUACACAGCAUAAUCAACAGUAAGAACAAACACUGCGCCAUUUUUACGGCUGGCAGUAUGUUCGUGAGGAGGGAUCUUUAAAUUUAUACUGUUAUAAACGGCUGACACUUUUAAAGGAUAGAACAAAGAGUUGGAAUAUGCAUGGACCCAAUAUUUUCUGAGAAGUCACAUCUGACCUGAGUGUGCCUUCCACUGAAUGUUUGUAUGUAGAGAAUAAAAUGUAAACAGCAUUCUUUCUAAAUAUUUUGCUCAUCCAUUUAAAUUCACUCGUGUACAAACAAACAAUCAAACAUUUAUACUGGGUUUUGUUUCCUUUUUUUUUGUAUCUGUUGUUCUUCUUUUGCAUUUGUAUUUACAACUGAAUAUAGAUGGGAAUAAACUGGCAAAAAUAAACCUGGUUUUUGAUGUA